AUGAAGACUGAUAUAGUCCUUAGGCCCUUGCAUCGGGUUGCAAAGUUGGGGAUUUUGGGGGCAGAGCCCACUCGGCCCCGGACCAAGGUCGCCCGCCAAGCCCAGGAACCACAUCCAGGCCCAGGAGCCCCAAUGAGGAGUGAACAAGCGGUCCCAGAAGGCCGCCCCUCACCAACGGAGCACCCAGCAUGCAACCUCGUUCGGGACCUGGGCAGGCGCACACUGCAAGGGAAGAAGCUGCACAGGGAAAGCAUGCAACCAGAGCAUGUCCGCAUGUUGGCCGCUCACUUCGCUGGGCCGGACGCCUCACUGCCAGACCUGAUGAUGGUAGCGGCCAUAUCGGUUAUGUUCGCGGGUUUCCUGAGGUUCAACGACCUAGCCCACAUCUCCGUCAAGUCUGACCUGCUCACCCUGCACGACACUCACAUGGCCAUCACACUGCCGAGGUCCAAAACGGACCAGGAGGGCAAAGAGCAGACCAUCCGGAUCGCGCGCGUGGGCGUGGCUUGGCCAGUGGGAUUGACAGAGAGGCUGCUGGUGCUUGGUAACUAUGUCCGUGUCCCCAGUUCCCCCGUGGAGGAUGUGGGUCCGCUGCUGCGCAGGGUUAAGGCGACACAGCAAGGCCACCAGCUGCAGCAGAGGACCGGCUCUGUUCAGUCACCUAUCCGCAGCCUCAGCGAUACCUCUUUCCGGGAGAAGCUUGCUGCCAUGUGCAGCGCCGUGGGCAUCAAGCGCGGAAUCAUUCCACACUCCAUGCGCAUCGGGGGAAACAGCGCGGCAGCAGCCAGAGGGGUAUCUGAAGAGGCCCGCAAGGCGCACGGUCGCUGGAAGACGGACGCAAUGGUGCAGCUAUAUACCCGGCGGGAGGGCGAUGCCGCACUAGAAACCACGCGCAACCUGGGCCUCGCCUGA